GCAAACCCAACUCACUAUCUCUGAUGCCGUGAGCUACUAGGGCAGCUACUGUGGAUGUCUGAGCUAUGGCUGUGGAGGCUUUGGUGGCAUGGGCUAUGGCUACAGCUGUGGAUAUGGCAGCUUCCACAGACUGGGCUAUGGCUGUGGCUAUGAAGGAUGCAGAUAUGGUUGUGACCACAGAGGCUGUGGAGAUGGCUGCUGCUGCCCAUCAUGCUACAGAGGAUAUAGAUUCACUGGCUUCUACUAAGCUACUGCUCUAGUGAUGCAGCAUCUGUUAUCUUGAAGGGAUUUAAAAACAAGUUACUUACUUCUGAGAUACAAUGGGGGUAAAUGUGUAAAUGUGUAAAUGCUCCCAUUCCAAAGGGAGAAAUUGACCAAAACAAAGGGGCUAUA